UCUGAUUCUUCUAAUUGUGUUCCGGGGUAUGGAGAAGGGGCGUCGGGGAUGACACUGGUACUCGACGAAGCAACGACCGUCUGACGGUUCGUCGUCUCUGCCGCCCUGAUCAGUCGAUCAAAGUAUGUCUCGCCGAACGCGCCCGAACAAUCAGCGUUGGAAACGAGUUCGGCGGCCGUGGGCCAAUAGGUCGUCUGCGGCACAGAACCGGACGCGCCGUCUGUGUUACAGGUUUGCAAAGGUAGUACGGGGUGUAAGGGGAGUGCGAAGCUUGGAAGAGGUCGAAUCCUGGAAGUCGAGGAUGACCCAGGACUUUGUCGAGGGAUAUGAUGGGAGAAGGGCGGAGGAAGAUUGGUUUGAGACCGGGAAUGUGGAUGAGCGUGAGGGAAGGGCUCGUGAUCAGUCUAUUCUCAACACGAAGCUUGAGUUUGAGGAGACUCGACUAUCCGACCUAGGUUUGAGAAAAGAUGUUUGCCGUAAGGUGCGGUAGAGUAUCACUAGGCUCACAGCCUUCUUCAACAUGCGUUUGGAUCUGCGAUCUGGGUCUGCCGACGUUUACAAACGCCGCCGAGUGAGGAAUGAAGUUUUCGAUGUUUCGAUGGAUGGAACAAACACGUGCAAAGUAUCUUGUGAUCUUCUGAGCCGAUGUGUCGUCGGAUAUGAGAUGGUAGAGUGCCCGGAAGCAGAGUGAGUGAGGAGAGUGCGAUCGUGCGAG